CAAGAAUCGAUUGUUAGUGGCGAUAUUACGAAAAAGUCUCUAAAGGAACGAGUGGAGGAUAUUGAACUCGCCUUAGCGAAUUUACCUCAAACUACAACACCAGCCACAAUGACUUCAAAAGUUCCCGAACCCACAGUUUCAGAGGGAACGACUAAUCAAUAUGUCGCUGCUGAUAUUGACAGAUAUGACAUCUCUAAGAAACCACUUUCUGACGCAUUGACGAUAUUGAAAUUGAAUAUAAUGGACAUUAAAAAUAACUUAGCAGCUCUUCCCCAAUUGACGAAGGAUAUUGCAGAACUCCAAAAAAUACUAACAACAAGUCCUGAAUCCCAACCAGCCGAUGUGCAAAUCAAAAUUUUGGAAUCGAAGAUUGAAGACUUUUAUGAACAGAUUCAUUCGCUGGAUAGUGGCUUCGGUCGCCAAGUAAAUGUUCUUCAGAAUCGUAUUAGCGACUUGGAAAAGCAACUUGGAGAGAUGAUGGAGAAAGUGCAUCUCAUGCCGGAGGAAGUUGACACAAGGCCGAAUCAUAUAACGUCUGAACUACACGGUCAACUCGUAACACUUCAAGAUGAAUUCACUGUAGUAUCAGAAACUGUCCAGAAAUUGGCAGAAGAUUAUUCAAGUAAAGAACACACGAUUGACAUUUUAGUUGAACAAAUUGAACUCCUGAAAACCGUGAAAGCUGAUAGGGAAGAUUUAGAGGAUGCCUUGGCCGAUAAGGCAGAUGCUUGUCAAAUCAAUAGGAAAGUUUCCUUCGAACAGUUCGAUCAAGCCUGUGGAGAUAUGUCUAAGAGUCUUGAAGAGGCAUUGGCCAAAUUAUCCCAACAGGAAUUACUGUGGAACCAAGCGUUGGAUAAUAUACAGAAUAGUAUCGGCGGUAAAUUGGAUAAAGUUGAACUGAAUCCUCUGAGAGAUUUCAUUAAUAAUAAACUGAAAGGGCUACAAGAGAAAUUCAAGACGCUUAAUGCUAUGAAGCGAGAAAACGAGGCCGCCGGCACAAAGAGUAAAUAUCUUAAAAACGUUAACUGCAUUUCGUGUGAUAAGGAUGUGGUGAUGAGAAAAGAGAUGGAUCCUACCCUUUAUCCCAAACCCUAUGCCGUACCACCUUCAAGAAGCAUGGGACCUUAUUUGGCGUACGAGUUGGAUCAGCUUCGAAAACAACAAAAAUGUUUACCAAGUAGCAAAAACAUGAAUACAUUCGAAAACGCAUUGCAAACCAGUCGAUCGGCAAAGAGUCCUGAUCAUGUAUGUAACCGAUACUGCGGUGGAAGUCACACUGUUACCACUCCCCAACAAAGAGUGACUAGACUGGGUCACUUCUUGGAGCAGUGGGGCCCUGAAAUAGCUCCUGUAGAGGACACGCAUGUUAGAGGUACCGACGGAAGGAUGUAUAAAGCUAGAGAUGAUCAGCAACUGAAGCAGUUGGCUACUGAGCGUCCUCCUACUCCUCAUGCUGAUAAACCCGCAGUUUAUAUAACUCUACAGAAAACAGAUAAGUCAGCCAGAGAAGAAGAUAUUCCAUGGCCAACUGUCAACCAACCGAGUCCAGGGAGAAUAUCAGGACAGACGAAUGCCACAAACAGAUCACUGGUACCCAAGUAAGUGAUA